AUGGCGGAAAAACGUGAUCGGCGUCGUAGUACGAUAUUUUCUACACAAAAUAUUAGAGAAAAUAUUAAUGGAACAACUCCUCAAAAUUCAAUGAAAACUAAUGCUACAAGUGAAAAUCUAAAUGAUUCUAUAUUUAACAUAUCAGAAAAGGAUAAUUUAAACAUGAAAAUGCUUGGUAUGGUAGCUAAUAACAACAGUACUCAUCCAGUUUAUAUAAAUGAAAGUUGCAAUAAUAAAUUAGCUACUAGAAUUUUAUCUAAUACACUUAUUGAUCACCUAUUCACAAAUAAUUUAAACGAACAAAUAACUUUAUCACAUGUUUACAUUAAUUUAUUUGAUCAUAAUGUUAUUAUAAUAGAAAUAGAUAAAAACAAUGUCAUAAUUACAUGUGUUGAUGAUAUAGGAUCUGACAGGUGGGUUGAUAAAGAAUUAAUCAAUGCAGUUGAAUGUAAAAAUUAUUGGUUCUCUAAAUUCAAACAUGAUAAAAAUAACAUACAUUUAGAACGUAAUUUUAAAUUCUAUAGAAAUCUGGUAACUAAAUUGAGAAGAGAAAAGAAAAAAAAAUAUUUUGAAACUGUGUUUAAUGAAUGUAGUAAUAAUCCUGCAGAAACUUGGAAUUGUAAUAAUAUGAUUAUUUACAAUAAAGAUAAAGAAGAUAAAGCAGUAGAUUUUUUGUAUGGGCUAAGCAACACUGAAGCAGAAAGCAAAAUUAAUGAGCUAAAUAUGCAUUUUGCUACGAUUGGGGAAAAAUUUGCAGCUAAAAUUGAAAGUAAUAUAUACUAUGAAGCAUCUAGAACAAACAAACUAUUUAAUUUCGAAAUUGUGAACGAAUAUGAAAUAAAUCGUGCGAUUAUUAGUUUGAAUAAAUUCAAAGCGAUUGAUAUUCAUAAUAUGUCAUAUAACAUGCUCAAGUCUAGCCAAAAAUACAUUUGUGAACAGCUUACAAUAAUUACAAAAAAGUCGCUAGUUGAGGGUAUUGUUCCAAAGGACGUAAAAACUGGAAGAAUUGUGCCAGUAUUUAAGACUGGUGUGAAAAGUGUUCUUGACAACUAUAGACCAAUAUGCAUUACUCCUGUGUUAUCUAAAGUAAUAGAGAAAAUAGUCCACAACCAGUUAUCAGCAUAUUUGGAAAAACACAACCUACUCUUCGUAAAACAAUAUGAUUUCAAAAAAAAAUCUUGCACUGAAACUGCUAUUGUUGAUUUGAUUAGUAAAGUUCAAAGCUUAAAAGACAAUAGAAAAAUAGUGUCACUUGUGUUUAUUGACCUCAAUAAGGCAUUUGAUAUGGUAAACCAUAAUAUAUUACUAAAAAAGUUGUAUGGAUUUGGAGCUAAUGGGAAAGAAUUCAACUGGUUCGAGUCGUAUCUAAAAAAUCGUUCUCAAUUCAUCAAAAUUGAUAACCUCGAAAGCGGAAGGGUUAAAUAAAAAUUGGAGUACCACAAGGUAGCACCUUAGGACCACUUCUGUUUAAUUUGUAUAUCGAUAGCAUACGACAGCUAGAAACUAACAACGUAGAUAUAUAUUUAUACGCAGACGAUAUUUGUUUAGUUUUUCAAGCAGAGAAUUAUAAUCAAUUAGAAAUUACAAUAAAUAUUCAAAUUAAAAAAAUAUUUGAAUGGAUGUCGACGCAUAAACUUGUCAUUAAUAUAAGAAAAACCAGGGUUGUGGAUCGAUCAAGAACUAAAAUGGAACACACACACAACUAAACUUAGUAAAAAACUCGCUGUUGUAGCUGGAGUAUUUAAAAGAAUCUCAUUGUCAAUUCCAAAAACUGUCAAAAAAUCGAUUUUUUAUUCUUUAUUUCACAGUCACAUAAGCUAUGGAAUUAAAAUAUGGGGUUCUGCUACUAAAGAAACAAUUGGUAUGCUCCAGACAAUCCAAAAUAGAGCGUUAAAGAAUUUAUUUAAUUACCAUUGGAGAGAACCUACCAAAUUCAUUCAUCAGGCUAAUGAUAUUCUGCUUAUAGAUGAUUUGUUCAAAAUAAAAUUAAUACUUCAUAUCCAUGAUUUAAGGUACCUUAAUAUUCAUUCUUCAGCCGUUUUAACAAAAAGAAGUGACGUACAUUCAGUAAAUACGAGAGAUAUAAAGAUUUGUUACAUGUAAACAAAAAAAAUACCUCGCAGUUUGGAACAUCAACUUCUAUGUUGUUGCAGCAAGUAGAGAUAAACUGUUUAUAAAAAGGAAAAAACUACGUUUAACAAUAUUGCUAACGCCACAUUAAACAAUAUGAUUGCGAUUUUUACCUUUUUAUAAGUAGAACACAACUUGCUUUACUACAUUCAAUUAUAGUUCAGCAGCGUUCAAUGUACAUAUUUGGCAAUGAAGGAAUUUUAACAAGAUGUUAAAAAUUAUGUAAAUAGUGAUCACUUACUAUAAGGUAUUAUUCCAAACCACCAAUUUGGUUUUCGAGAGCAAAAUUCCACUAUUGAGCAAACGCAUCGAGUGGUUCGUAAAAAUAGACAAGCAAUGAAGAACAGAGAGUAUUGUUUUGCUGCUUUCUUGAAUGUAGAGCAAGCAUUCAAUAAUGGCUGGCAUGAUGAUCUGCUGCACAAAAUGGAAAAUUUGUUUCGAAAUUCGUAUUUAUGGUUAAGUGCAAAGAGGAUUAUUCCAAGAUAAGUAUAUGAAAUGAGAGCUUCAGUUCCACAAGGUUCUGUUAUAUGGCUCGGUUCGUACUCAAUAUAUACAGUAGAUUUGUCAGUAACUAAUGAAGUUUAAACCGCCAAGUAUGCUAAUGAUACCGCAUUCUUAAUCCAUGAUAAAAACCCUGAUCAAACAUCAAAAAUUUUACAAGCGCUUUCAAUAAAACUGACCAGUGGAUAAAAAAAUGGCGAAUAAAACACAGUUCAAAUAAAUCGGUUCACAAUGCACCGAUGGUAAUUUGCACCUUGGUUUGCUAGAAGUACUGGAAUGCACCUUGGUUUGCUAGAAGUACUGGAAUACACGGUUACUUGAAUACAAUUAAAGAAGAAAUAAGGAAUCGUAUUGCUAAACAUAAAAUUGAGUUAAAAGAAUAAAGGAAACUAUUAUGCAAAGACGGAGACAUCUUUAGAUGACAUCGGAGACGGAUAUCUGAAACGACGGGAUAUUUUAAGCCUUGAUAAGAGAUUUUGACAAUUUGAACUAAUUUAAUAUUUAGCAGGGAUAUUUAAAUUAACUUGAAAUAGAAACUAACUUAAUCUCAGAAAAUAUGUGUUUACUGGAACAUUUCUCAAUAAUGUCAGUGGCCUAAUAACAAACGCUUUAAUUAUUGUUCUUUUUACGCAUUGUAAAUAG